GCCUAGUCCAGCCUUGCAGGGCUGACUCCGAUCUUCCCACAGCCGCGCCAGACUCUUAGAUUCUCCGUGAUGGUGCUGCUGCCGUCCCUGCGCCGAUCCUUGCGGUCCCACGCCUGGAGGAGUGCUGGGCUGCGGUGGAGGCACGCCUCCUCUCUGAAGGUGGCCAAUGAACCUAUCUUAGAGUUCACUCAGGGCAGCCCCGAGCGGGACGCACUGCAGAAGGCUCUGAAGGACCUGAAGGGCCAGACGGAAGCCAUCCCCUGCAUUGUCGGAGACGAGGAGGUGUGGACAUCCAAUGUGCAGUACCAGCUGUCGCCUUUUAAUCAUGGACACAAGGUGGCCAAGUUCUGUUAUGCUGACAAGGCCUUGCUCAACAAAGCCAUCGAAGCUGCCUUGGCUGCCAGGAAAGAGUGGGACCUGAAGCCCGUGGCAGACCGGGCCCAGAUCUUCCUGAGGGCGGCAGAUAUGCUGAGUGGGCCCCGGAGGGCUGAAGUCCUUGCCAAGACCAUGGUGGGACAGGGCAAGACCGUGAUCCAAGCAGAGGUUGAUGCUGCGGCCGAACUCAUCGAUUUCUUCAGGUUCAAUGCCAAGUUCGCCAUGGAACUGGAGGGAGAGCAACCCAUCAGCGUGCCACCCAGUACCAACCACGUGGUGUACCGGGGGCUGGAGGGCUUUGUGGCAGCCAUCUCUCCCUUCAACUUCACCGCGAUCGGAGGCAACCUGGCAGGCGCACCAGCCUUAAUGGGCAAUGUGGUUCUGUGGAAGCCCAGUGACACUGCCAUGCUGGCUAGCUACGCUGUCUACCGCAUCCUCCGGGAGGCUGGCUUGCCCCCCAACAUAAUCCAAUUUGUGCCAGCUGAUGGGCCAACAUUUGGGGACACGGUCACCAGCUCAGAGCACCUCUGUGGCAUCAACUUUACAGGCAGUGUGCCCACCUUCAAACACCUGUGGAAGCAGGUGGCCCAGAACCUGGACCGGUUCCAUACCUUCCCACGUCUGGCUGGAGAGUGUGGCGGGAAGAACUUCCAUUUCGUGCACAGCUCGGCCGACGUGGACAGCGUGGUGAGCGGGACGCUGCGCUCGGCCUUCGAGUACGGCGGUCAGAAGUGCUCCGCCUGCUCGCGCCUGUACGUGCCGCAGUCGCUGUGGCCACAGAUCAAAGGGCGACUGCUGGAGGAGCACAGCAGGAUCAAAGUGGGGGACCCUUCAGAGGACUUUGGGACCUUCUUCUCCGCAGUGAUUGAUGCCAAGGCCUUUGGCCGCAUUAAGAAGUGGCUGGACCAUGCGCAUUCUUCGUCCAGCCUCAGCAUCCUGGCGGGGGGCCAGUGUGACCAGUCGGUGGGCUACUUCGUGGAACCGUGUAUCAUUGAGAGCAAGGACCCACAGGAGCCCAUCAUGAAGGAGGAGAUCUUUGGUCCUGUGCUGACAGUGUAUGUGUACCCGGAUGAUAAAUACCGAGAGACACUACAGCUGGUUGACAGCACUACCAGCUAUGGCCUCACGGGGGCAGUGUUCGCCCAGGAUAAAGCAAUUGUCCAGGAAGCCACGAGGAUGCUGAGGAAUGCUGCUGGUAACUUCUACAUCAACGAUAAGUCUACUGGCUCCGUGGUGGGCCAGCAGCCCUUCGGGGGCUCCCGGGCCUCAGGAACCAACGACAAACCAGGAGGCCCUCACUACAUCUUACGCUGGACGUCACCCCAGGUCAUCAAGGAGACUCAUAAGCCCCUGGGGGACUGGCGAUACUCCUACAUGCAGUGAGCCUUGUCCAGCACCUCUGUUGUCAACCCAUCUGUCCAUCCAGAUGACUGACAUCUCUGCACUGACCCCCUGCUCCCCGCCAGCUCCUCCUGGACUCUCUAAAGCUGAGCUGGACCCAGUCCUGGCUAUUGGGUGCCCAGGCUUUGGCUUUGGGUCAUAUUGGGGAGAAUCAGCCAACCCACCCAGAAAUCUCAUUCUCUGCGGAACACCUUGGUACAUGGCAGGUUGUCUGCCUGUCUGUUUUUCUCAUCUCAUUCUGGUCCUGGUGACUCAGAGGCCCUCAGAACAGAGAGGAAUAUUCUCAGGACCCUGUCGGGGAAGGAGACAGCUCUGGUGUCCUGUUGCUUCACCACUCAAAGACUCCUGACCUAGGCCUUGUCCCUUACACAUAUCCAGUAAGACAGGACCUCAGCCAGAUGCUGCAGGGGCACCAGCUGGCUUUGCCCCUUGGUCUGUGCUAACUCCUCCUACAGGUACUUGUGUGCAGCCAUAUGCCUUAGACCCAUGUGCCUUCCUCCAGGGUGCUUGCCUGUCCCUGAGCCUUCCUCCCUCCUGGCCACCUGCUGGGAGUGACCAGUGGUGGCCAUCCCAUACAGGGAAACCUUGAAGUGGGCCUCCGUUGCAUACUCUGUGGGAUGCAGCCAGCCCAGUGGUUGUCAGGAUGAGCUCCCGCUUGGGUCUUGGAUAAUCAAAUGUUUCUAAUGGUUCAGGAGCACGCAGACUUCCCUCUCAAGGACACUUGCCAGGGGUCCACAUGGAGCUGUCACCAAGGGCUACCCUGGCCACGCUCAGGGGCGGGUCCCAGUACCAGGCUAGCUCUGUGUUAUGCUUCCAUUCAGGGUUGCUUCCCAGGGGGCAGGACUGGACUGCAAAUGUCCAAUUCUGCUGGUUCUAUACUGUGAGGGAGGUAGGGCACAUUUACUUCCGCCCGAGAAAAUGCCAGAUAUCUACUCAAAAUGGCGGGGGAGGGAGGUGAGGGGCGGACUGGCUUCUUACUCCUAAUCUAACAACCUGCCAGCAUCUUGUCACGUGGUUCUGUGUGAUGCUGAGGGAGGGAGUAGAGCCUUGACUGGGAGUGGAGCCUGUGGCUGGGUUUAGAGAUGGCUUUGUGUCUCACUCCCCUGCCCCUGCAAGGUGGUCACCAAAAUAAAAUCAUGUAAAUCCUCCAACUUCCCAUGUCUAAAAUGGUGAUGAUUCCCAGCAAUCAGAAAUAUCACCCGUUUGUUCCCCAACACUGUGUGCUGUGGUGGCUGACCUCGUGUGUCAGCUUUGCUGGGCCACGGUCCCAAGAGACCUGGUCAGCCGUUGUGGAAGUUUCUAUGAAGGUGACUUGAAUUGAGUAAAGCUUAAAUAAGUGGGCUCUUA